UACGACUAUUCGCUAACUCCCUUCCGAAACGCAGCUGUUCUUCGAAGGCACAUAGCCACCAAUGGAGGUUGCAACCGCAGCAACAUCAAGCUUCGCACUCCAUGCGCACAUGUUAUCACCACCAACCUCUGCACGAACGGUAAACCCUUAUCGAACCCUAACCUCUCAUCCGUCAACUUCUCUCAGAGCUUCUCUCUCAACCAACUUCCUUUCUCCGUUUCCCGCCACCGGAAGCGUCGCCGGAGAUUUCUCCGGUCUCAAGCUACGACCUGAAUCUCUCAACCCGGCCUCCCUCUCCCGAUCCAAGCCUAAACGAGGUGUCGUCACCAUGGUUAUUCCUUUUUCGAGGGGAAGUGCAUGGGAGCAACCUCCACCGGACUUAGCAUCGUAUUUGUACAAGAACCGCAUAGUUUACUUGGGAAUGUCGCUUGUUCCUUCUGUCACAGAGUUGAUACUGGCUGAGUUUCUUUACCUUCAGUAUGAAGAUGCGGAGAAGCCUAUCUACUUGUACAUAAACUCCACUGGAACAACCAAGGGUGGCGAGAAGUUGGGUUACGAGACUGAGGCUUUUGCAAUCUAUGACGUUAUGGGGUAUGUGAAGCCUCCUAUUUUUACUCUCUGUGUUGGUAAUGCUUGGGGAGAAGCUGCAUUACUUUUAGCUGCCGGUGCAACAGGAAAUCGUUCUGCUCUUCCUUCAUCUACGAUAAUGAUAAGGCAGCCCAUUGCAAAAUUUCAAGGUCAAGCAACAGAUGUUGACCUUGCAAGAAAGGAAGUAAAGAAUGUGAAAACAGAGUUGGUUAAACUUUAUGCAAAACACAUUGGAAAGUCAACUGAGCAGAUUGAAGCAGAUAUCAGGCGCCCAAAAUAUUUUAGCCCCAGUGAGGCUGUUGAAUAUGGCAUCAUAGAUAAGGUAUUAUACAAUGAAAGGGGUGCUGAAGACCGCGGUGUUGUUUCUGACCUGAAAAAGGCACAACUUAUCUGACCAUAAGAGACUUAUACUUUGUGACUGUUAAAACUGUUCAGUAUUAGCUUGAGUUGAAGGAUGACAAGAGAAGCUGAGCACAGUGUGUACUUUGUUCGGGGAGCAGAGGCAUGGGAAUGAGAAGCAUAGCCGAGGAGAUGCGGUCUCAGCACGUGUAUCAGUCUCAUUUAUAGCACAAAGUGUAUCUUGCGAUCAAUAAAUUCUAGUAUUUUAUUUGUUUAAACUCCAAUUAAUUGCAAUUAAAAUUUUGUUUUUUUUUUCUUUUUUUGUCA